AAAGCGUUUGACAUAAAAAAAACUAAAUAAUUCGAGCGAAUAAAUCAGAUUUUAAACUUAAUCCCGAGGUUAAAACACAUUAAUAACCAGCUCUCGGUGUGUCUCACUGUUGCUAUAGCAACGCGUGAGGCACAGGGACAAAUGCGGCGACCUGAUGCCGCUGCCCUGGGAGAUAAGCUAGGCUAGCUGUCUAACUAGCAAACUGUUGUUUUAUUUCCUUUUAUUUCGGAAGAAAUGCUCUGUAUAUAUCCGAAUAUACUUUACUGAGCUUCUCUGGGUAACUGUUGGACCCAGGCAGUAAGAGGUUUAGCUUGUAUUGCGGUUGUCGAGGCGUGAACAUGUAGCGAGCCAGUGUUUCUUGUCAGUUAGCUUAGCAUAAGCGACAGACCUUUAACUGUAGCUAACCUAACGUUAGCCUACUAAGUGUUUUAUUCAUUUGCUUUGUUAAAUAAUAACAGUAACGCCAUGGACGUAGCUACCGACUGCAUAACCAAGAGAAGCAACCUCCCCCCUCUGAGGAAUCUACCCAGCUGGACUAGGGUUGGUAUACUAGACAGGGCCCGUUACCCGAGGGUAACAUUACCUUCUCACAGUGUCCAAAGUGUCCACGAAGGCCCAGUUUCAGUCAGAGAAAGCCCACAGACAAGCCAGAGCAAACCAGGGCUGGAUGCAUCUCGAGUAGCCUCUCUGGAGAAAGAUAUUCUGUUCCUUCAGCAGACACACAAAAACACCCUGGAGAAACUGCAUGAAGAAAUUGAAGGUCUGAAACGCACCAACAAAGAGUUACAGUAUCGACUGAUCAUGGAUUCACAUCAGUCUUCAAGAGAGUCCAGUGCUGAAGUUUUACAUGAAAAGCAGCAUCAGACUGGUGUCAUCAGCUCUGAAGAGAAGCAAGAAACUGCAAAUGAUCCCGUAGAACAAAAUGAAGGAGCCGUCACAUCUCUGCUUCCUCUGAAGAUCCACAGUGGAAAGUUCAGGCCUCCACGCACCCCAACACUACAGGAGUGUGAAGCUAUCAUCCAGCAACUCUAUAACACUAAUGUCUUACAGUCUCAGGAGCUGUUGAAAAUGAAGGCUGUUCUCAGAGAUGUUGUCUUGAACAAAAAGAAAAUUUCAUCUGAUGUUUACACUCAAGCAAAGAUAUACCUCUCUGAUCGCACCAGCAGUGAAGAGUUGGAGCACUUUCCAAAACUACCUCUUAGACCAUUACCAAAAAUACAACAGCCCAGUCAGGCCUGUGUGAGACAGAAGGUGAUUCUACCGGCCAUCAGUCAGAGCCUGCACAGCGGUAUGACAGAAAGGCAGAAACGAGCACAGGACAUGCACAAAACACGCUUCAGGCGAGCGGUCAACUCUUAGCAGGCUGUUUUUAGUGUUACAGUAAAGAUUCUGCAGUAUUUCUGGAGAAAUCUGACCUCUUAUUUUAUAAUGACUUUACGGUUUCAUACUGUUGGUUUAAUCUCAUGCACUGUGCCAUCCAUCAUCAGAGUUCAAUGGUUUCUGAUUUUCAGUGUGGACUGAACACUUUCAGUGUGCAAUUAAGACUUUGGUGUUAAAUAAAGUUCAAUGAAAUCCC